CUUUUUUCUUGUUCUUUUUGAAGCUGCUUUGAGGUUUGGAUCUGCACAGCUAUCUGGCCUGUUCAGUGUUCUGCCGUGUAUUGGUACUUGUAACCCCCAAGUGGCAGUGUUUCUAAGCAACCAGUAAAGUGAAGGCUUAACUGAGGAUUUAUAAACGCUUGAAUCACUGUGAUUUAUUUGGUAGGAGGAUGCUGAUCAUCUUUAAAACCAGUGGACGAGGCACCAGUUUCUCUUGAGGCUGCAAUCUAACGUGAGAAGGACAAAAGAAGUGGACAGAAUAAGCAGAGCGCCCAUUCAGGUGUGUGUACGUGGCUGGGGUUAUGAAGGGGAUGCUGCCUCUGGAGACACUCACCAUCGGCCGUAUGGCAAUCGACACGGUGUCUGAAGUCACUGCCCCUCUGCUUCUUCUUGUUCUUCUGGUGCUGCUGCUGCUCACCGCCUAUAGCCAAAGAAAACAGUCAGAUAUACCAGGUCCUUCUUUCUUGGCAGGACUCGGCCCCAUUCUCUCCUACACCAGGUUCAUCUGGACUGGGAUCGGAACAGCAAGCAACUACUACAACAACAAAUUUGGCAGCAUUGUGCGGGUGUGGAUUAAUGGCGAGGAGACCCUAAUUUUAAGCAGGUCUUCAGUGGUGUACCACAUUCUGAGGAGCCCCCACUACACAGCCAGAUUUGGGAGCAAAAAAGGACUGCAGUGCAUUGGGAUGGAAGGGAGGGGUAUCAUUUUCAACAGUGACAUCCCACUCUGGAAAAAAGUGAGGACAUACUUUUCUAAAGCUCUGACAGGCCCAGGCCUCCAGAGGACAGUGGCAAUCUGUGUGAGCUCCACAGCCAAACACCUGGACAGGCUGAAGGAGAUGACGGACUCCUCUGGACAUGUGGACGCUCUGAAUCUGCUGAGAGCCAUAGUGGUGGACAUCUCUAAUAGGCUUUUCCUCAGGGUGCCUCUCAACGAAAAGGACUUGCUGAUGAAAAUCCAUAACUACUUCGAGACCUGGCAAACAGUUCUAAUACAGCCUGAUAUAUUCUUCAAGAUUGGAUGGCUGUACAACAAGCAUAAGAAAGCAGCCCAGGAGCUGCAAGAUGAGAUGGAACGCCUUCUUGAAAUUAAAAGACAAAUUAUUAAUGAAACUGAGAAGCUGGAUGAUGAUCUCGACUUUGCUACAGAGCUCAUCUUUGCCCAGAACCACGGAGAGCUUUCAGCAGAUAACGUCAGGCAGUGCGUGCUAGAGAUGGUGAUCGCAGCACCUGACACUCUUUCCAUCAGCCUCUUCUUCAUGCUUAUGCUGCUGAAACAAAACCCGGACGUGGAGCUGAGGAUAGUGGAGGAGAUGAACACUGUCUCGAGUGAAAAAGGUGCUGAAAACAUCUAUUACGGAAGCUUGAACGUGCUGGAGAAUUUCAUCAAUGAGUCUUUGAGAUUUCACCCAGUGGUUGAUUUCACAAUGAGAAAAUCUCUGGAGGAUGACAUCAUCGAAGGCACUAAAAUCAGGAAAGGAACCAACAUCAUUCUAAACAUUGGCCUAAUGCAUAAGACUGAGUUCUUCUCCAAACCCAAAGAGUUCAACCUGAUGAACUUUGACAAAACAGUGCCCAGCCGUUUCUUCCAACCCUUCGGCUGCGGGCCUCGUUCCUGUGUGGGCAAACACAUCGCCAUGGUGAUGAUGAGGGCCAUCCUGAUCACUCUGUUGUCUCGUUACACCGUGUGUCCUCGUCAAGGUUGCACCCUCGACAGCAUCAAGCAGACCAACAACCUGUCACAGCAGCCCGUGGAGGAUGAGCACAGCCUGGCCAUGCGCUUCAUCCCUCGAACCACACAACCUCAACACAGUCAGCUCUGAAACACAGUGAUGCUGUCACAUUUUGGAUGAAAACUGUAGUACUGCAUAUGCAUAGAACUGCUAAGAUUAUGGAGUUUAGGCCUGCUGAGCUUUUAAUACUCCCUGACAUACCGGUCCUGUAGUUUAUUACAUGUUUUUGUUGUUGUUGUUGUCUUGGGGGUCACAAACAGCAGAAAUGAAUUAACAUGGCACCAACUUGCACUUCAGCGAGACAAAAACCUGGACUGAGACAAACUGCAUUUUUGCACGUUAAUCACCGUUGACCCUUGCUGAUGAAGGCUGUGUUAGCAUUCAUAGUUAACAUAUGAGGGGUGACUGAUACGUUUGUGACCCAAGCUAAAAGGAGAUGAGUUAAACAGCUUUGGUUGCAUGCAUGUGCAGUUUAACUCUUUGUGUGAUUAUGCAGAAAGUUUGAAGUUAAUAACUUUUGUGGUAUUUCUGUUUUAGAGAACUGGAAAUUACAAGUCAGCGCUGUCUUUAAACUUUAAGCUUCAAGCUGUUUAACUCAUCUCCCUCUACAUUAGGCCUCUCAUACAGUUUGUGUUUCUGUUCUAUGGGCAGUUAUUUUUAUCAACUAUAAUCAAAGUAACGGUACGGUACAGUUAGAAAUGUUAGUACAAAUUGUGUUAGAAUUUCAGCACACAGUUCAAUGUAUACAUCAUUAGAAACAUGUACAUUAAUACGAUGUAGACUGAUGAGGUGAUUUCUCAUGUCAUAUCUCUCAUUAGAGGUAUGAUUAUUAAUGCUUUUACAUUUGAAAAUGUCCUUUUUACCUUUCAUGUAAACCUUAACACUCAUUCAAUACUUGUUCAUGUAGCAGCUACUUAAAUAUAGAUAAGUAUGAGAGGAAGGAACAUAUUUACACUUUCAUAAAAUUCCUCUCUGCCUCAAGUCCAUCCAUUAUAACUCUAUACUGAAUAAACAAUCAUGGACUCAAA